CACAAACUGUCUGUCUGUGCUCAUGAGCGGUGGAGGAAAUUACAAUGUUAUUAUUUUUAUUUUGGAGCCCACUGAUUGUUUUGCUUCCAAAAUAUAUUUCAUGUAAAACAUUAUGUGGAGAUACAAAAAUUGUCAAUGGGACAGAGAAAGAGGAUGUAAUUCUACAAGUGGAUAAAUCUAUUAAUAUUCAAAAUAUUGUUUGGAAUAUUGGGGAUGAUUAUCUUGCAAAGACAUCACCAAAUGGUCAAAUUGAUUUUCAAAGGAAUACACUAAAGAAAAAACUGCAAAGUGAACAAGAUGCUUCUUUAAAGUUUCUGCGUCUAACAGAGGAAGACCAGAGGACCUACAUUGCAAAUAUACUCCUCAGUGAUGAAACUACAUGUAAACAACUAUUUGAUCUUAGAGUGUACAAAAAAUUGUCAACUGAAGAUAUCAUGAUUAAUAUUUCAAAACACAUCACAAAUGAUACCUGUAAUAUUAAUUUGACAUGCUCAGUAAAUAGAUCAGAUGUGAAUGUUACCUGGAGUAGCUCAAGGAACACAAGAAAAUAUGAAGCUACGAUUUUCCUACAUAUAAGAAAUGUUGAAAACGAAAAUGAUACCUGUACUGCAGAGAACCCUGUCAGUAAGGCUUCCAGAACUGUGUCUCCCUGGGAAUACUGCGAUAAAGAAACAAAGAGCACACCCCUUGAUUUCCCAAUGCUGAAUAUAAUAAGGCUGGUACUGUCUGCAUGUAUUUUUAUUUUGGGUUCUUUUAUAUUUCUGCACCACAUGAAAAAUGAGCACAACAAACCCUCUGCAUACAAUAGAAGAACCAAGAAAAUGGAGGUUAUCAACUACAAUCGGUAAAUCACAAGAGGACACCAAACACACAGGAACAGACAUCUUAAGUAGAAUAUGGAGGCAGUGCUCAGACAUUGACAAAUCUUAUCGGUUUGCUUUCAUAUGUUGUAAUAUACAGCAAGAUGAAAAAACAGGCACCCAUAAUGUAGAUUGAUUUUGGCUUUAUAUGGGUAACAAAGUUGCCUCUCUGUUCCUGAUAAAUAAAUAAAAAACAUUGUGGGCCAGAUUAAAAGUGAAGCUCUAACAGUUACGCAUAAGCAAAAAAAGGGUUUAUCGCGUUUGUUUGCGUGUCAGGUUUUUCGAGUAAA